CCUCACAUUAAUCAGUUGGAGAAAAUAUAGGCCUUAAAAUGUUUGCCACAUUUUUAUACAUUUGUUAAAUCGGUAUCUUAAAAGCAACUACAUGGUUAAUAUGCCACCCAAGGUAUUCGGUGGCAAAGCUGAUUCCGAAGAAAAGAAAGAUGCCAAAGAAGAAAAGAAGGAUUCAAAAGGGGAAUCCAGCAUCCCCACAAAUAAAUGGACAAAAGCAGUGAAAAAAGUGAAAACAACGAGACGAGUUUCUAUACGGAAACAGAGUCUUGUUGAGGAUGAUCCCUUCCUACAAAGAUUUAUCACAACAGAGAGGGCUGAAAUUGAUGACCAUCUUCAUGACUUUACAGAAAUAUUUACCACUGGGUUUUGGUUAAGACUGGUCAUUAACCCCGCCAACCCUCCCUACUUCUGGUGGUCCUCUGUUGUCACCGUCUGUAUUUUAUACAACCUCAUCUUCGUUAUAAUGCGAGGAUGUUUCUGGGACAAACUGCAGGUUCCAGGAUUGGUAUAUUAUUGGUUCAUCCCAGACUACCUGUGUGACAUCAUAUUCAUCUUUGAUAUGUACAUUAAAAGUAGAGUAGGCUUUUUGGAGCAAGGUCUAUUAUGCCGUGAUGUGGGGAAGCUUUCAAUGGUUUACCUCAAAUCGUGGAUGUUUUACGUGGAUGUUAUUUGUAUUCUUCCAUUAGAUUUCUUUUACUUACUCAUAGGCUUUAAUGCCUUUUUAAGAAUGAAUAAAUGCUUAAAAAUAUGGAGAAUGAGGGAAUUUUUCAACCUGGCAGAGACCCACACUAAAUACCCUAACCUGUUACGUGUAGCUAACCUCAUUCUUAUCAUUAUCAUCAUUAUACACUGGAACUGUUGCCUGUAUUUUGCCAUCAGUCGUUCCAUGGGGUUCGGCAGUGACGGCUGGGUGUAUCCUGAUAUCACCGCCCCCGAGUACUCCUCCUUCUGGAAGCAGUAUUCGUACUGUUUCUACUGGUCCACCCUGACUCUCACCACCAUAGGAGACACAGCCUAUCCCGAGCAAACAAUAUCCUUCUUAUACUGUAUCACCUGCAGUUUGGUUGGUGUGCUGAUUUUUGCCACCAUCUUUGGUAAUGUAGGAGCAUUGAUCAACGAGAUGGAUGCUGCUAGAAACGAAUUUCAACACAAAGUAGAUGCAGUGAAGCGUUACAUGGAAAUCCGACAAGUGACUGGUCCCAUACAAGAGAGAGUUGUGAAAUGGUUUGACUAUACGUGGAACAACAAGGAAUCUGUAGAUGACUCAAAAAACUUGGAGUACUUACCCGAAAAACUACGUGCAGAAAUCUGUAUCCAUGUCCACCUUAGAACUCUGAGAAAAGUGGAAAUAUUCAAAGAUUGUGAACCAGGGGUUUUGGUGGAACUAGUGUUGAAACUGAAAAUGCAAGUGUUCAGUCCAGGUGAUUACAUAUGCAGAAAGGGGGACAUAGGAAAAGAGAUGUACAUUAUAAAGAGGGGCAAGCUUCAGGUGUGUUCAGAAGAUGGCAAAACUGUAUUUGUUACUUUGGAAGAUGGAGCAGUGUUUGGGGAGAUCAGUGUCCUUAAUAUUCCUGGAAAUAAAACUGGAAACAGGAGGACAGCCAGCGUGCGAAGUGUGGGCUACUCAGAUCUGUUCUGCCUGAGUAAGUCCGAUCUUCUGGAGGCCCUACAGGAGUACCCUGAUGCCAGAAAGAGCCUCAGCGAGAAGGGAAAGAAGAUGUUGAGGAAGGACAAACUGCUGGACGAGGAGGCAGCGAGGCGCGAGGAGAGGCGACAACAGAACCUAGACAAGAAGAUCGAGCUGAUCGCAGACGCUGUGGACGAUCUACAGAAGGUUGUUAACAAACUGAUAGACAAAUUAUCACCAGAGGACGCAGACAACAAAUCAGAGGAUCCAGAGGAGGAACAACAGGAAAAGAAAACUUCUGAAACUCCUAAACCAGGAAAGACUCCCGAACAGGGAAAGUCUGCUGAAAAGGUAGAGAGGAAAACAUCUGCCAAGAAUGGUCGAGUAUCGCCUAAAAAACAACCGUCCAAAGAUGGUAACGCUGAAAAAAACAAGGAGGGUGAAGAGAAACAAUGAUGUCAGAGGAAGCAAAAUUAACUGCUUGAUUCCGUAGUCAUCAGAAAUCCCUAAAAUAAGGCAUGUAGUGAUUGAAAGCCUCAUAAUUAAUUGUAAAACAGGAUUUUACGGGGCUUUGUAUACAUGUAGUUGAAGCUAAACUAAAAUGAUUUCUAGCCAUGUAAGACGUUCCUUGCGCACAAUUGAAGUCAAAUUUUAGCAAUUUAGACAUUUAAGGUAUUCCUUGUCCAGACUUCAUUUUAAAUUCAUUGAAAAUGUUGCAGUAUUGAGAUCAUGACUUUUAAUUAGUACUCGUAGUUGUUUGAGGGUGUAUUAAUUUUGUAAUGCCAUUCUGUUGUGUAGCACACAUGAAUUGCAUGACCAAAAUCUUUAAUAACAUUAAUAACAAUGUUGCCAUUUUGUUAGUGUAUUGUCUUUAUGGAAUUAAUCUUUACAUUUCUGAAUUAAUUCUAUUUAAAUUUUUAAUAUAUAAGCAAUAUUUACAAAUGAAUGUAUUAUGUAUGUUUGUAUAUUCUGGUUUUAAAAUGUAAGUUAUUUCCAAUGUAUUUACAAAAGUUAGUCUUGCUUGAGAAAUUGGACUUGAUUCGUCAAAAACUGGACAGAAUGCCUUAUGAGAACCAAAGCUCAUACUAAGUGCAUUUCAAAGUAUUUUUGCUGUCAGAGAUUAAGUGUUCAUGCAGAUUUCUUAAAACUUCACAUUCAGAAUCACUCACUAAUAAAGGAACAUAAAGUUGCAAAAUCAAGGCCAAAGAAACUUUCAAAUUGACAAAUUAAAACACAUUUCCAUAUUCUGCUCCAAAUUUGAGAUUGUAUGGUUGCAUACCUAUGAAAUGUUAGAUGCAAAAUAAAAUUGCUGUCUGAAACUGUCAAAUCA